GGCUUUGACUCUUUUUAUGUAAGAAGCAUUUAAUGAUAUUCAAUAAAGAAAAACCUCUUUUCCUUUCUAAUAUGGUAUUAGGCGCAACCCCAUUUUCAAGCUUUCUUUGAACCCUAACAAUGGCAAGAACAAGAUCCACCGGUCACAAGACCCCAAACGUCCCUAUACCACAAAACUCUGCUACUUCUUCUUCUAUUCCGAUGACUCCACCUCCAAUUCCGACUGCUGCUACUGCCGGUCUUUCUGAUUCUUCAACUUCGACCACCGACAUCAAUGGAGGAAACGUCACUGCAGCAAACCGAUUUGCUCCUCUGCAACCAAUAGAUCGACCUUCCCAAGAUGAUCCAAACCCUUACCAUUUGGGAACAAGAGAUCUCACUAAUUUUGUCAUUGUUCCUUCCCCACUCACAACUCAAGAAAAUUUCCAAUCUUGGAAACGAGCUGCCUCCAUCUCCAUCAAUGCCAAGAACAAAACUGCCUUCAUUGAUGGUUCUCUUCCCCGACCCCCUGCCAAUGACCCCAACCACUCGGCCUGGGAGCAGUGCAAUAACAUGGUCAAGGCUUGGCUUCUUCAGUUGGUGUCCAAAGAAAUAGGAGCAAGCAUCAUGUACAAAGAUCGGGCUGUUGAUAAGUGGAAUGAUCUCCAUGUAAGAGUCAAUCAAAGCAAUGGACCACAGAUUUUCCAGCUCAAGACCUAUGUUUAAAGUCUCAAACAAGGUGAUAACAAUGUCAACACUUACUUUACCCAACUCACUGCUUUCUGGGGUGAGCUUCAAGAAUAUCAACCUUGCACUCCUUGCACUUGUGGUUGUUCCUGUGGAGCCAUGCCUAAACUUCAUGAUAACUACACAAGAGAUCAAAUCAUUCAAUUUUCUAACUGGUCUCAAUGAAUCAUAUAGUCAGAUUCAGGCUCAAAUCUUGUUAUGUGACCCCCUUCCUUCACUUCAUAAGGUGUUUUCUAUGGUUGUACAAGAAGAAAGACAAAGAUCUCUAGGUCUCAACCCUACUCCCAUCAUUGUUGCAUCCCCUAUUUCAUCAUCGGUUCCUAGUCAAACACAUAUUCAAGAACCAAGAAGCCACACCCUUCUUGCUCUCACUUCCAUAAAUCGAGCCACUUGGCUGACAAGUGCUACUUUCUCCAUGGAUUCCCACCCGAAUAUGGUGCCAAAAGAAAGUUUGAAGAAAUCGCCAAGCCUACGGUGAAUCAAGCUCAAGCUUCAUCUUCUUCAACUCCUGCUUGCUUGCUCAACUCACAAUGCCAAUUGAGCCAACAACUCAUAUCCUUAUUGAGUCAACAACUUCAACAUCAACCUUUCAUAAGUAAUCCCACUAAACCUUCAACUUCUCAAGUUUCUGGUUCCUUUUCAAAUUUCAAAGAUUGGGAUUGCUAGAAGACAUGGAAACCUCUACUUACUUGAACAACACAACAAGUUCACUCAUUCUUACUGUUCUACUGUUACUCAUAAAUCUUGUACCAAUGAAGACCAAUGGCAUUAUUGCCUAGGUCACCCAUCAAUGUUAACAACAAAUUUUAUGGAUAAAAGUGUCUCUUUUUUCUACUCACAACUCUCAUACUCAGCAUUGUUCUAUUUUCCAUUUAGCUAAACAAAAGCGCUUACCUUUCACUUCUCCUAAUAACAUGGUUGUUUCUGCUUUUAAUUUAAUUCAUGUAGAUAUUUGGGGUCAUUUUCAUGUUCUAAGCAUAGAAGGCUACAAGUAUUUCCUUACUAUUGUAGAUGAUCAUACUAGAUAUACAUGGAUUUUUUUUUUACUUAAGGCAGAAUCUGAUGCUCAAACUAUUAACCCACAAUUUUUUUCUUAUGUUUCUACUCAAUAUUCAUCUACAAUAAAAAGUAUUUGCACUGAUAAUGCUAAAGAACUGAAAAUCUCUAGUAUUUUUUUUGCCACAAAAGGUGUUCAAUACUUCCAGUCUUGUGUUGAUAGACCACAACAAAAUUUUGUUGUAGAAAGAAAACAUCAAUACAUCUUAAAUGUGGCUCAGACACUUUUAUUUCAGCCCCAUCUCUCUCUGUCUUAUUGGAGCUAUGUAGUGAACAUGACUGUUUAUCUUACAAACAUAAUACCAUCAUCUCUACUUAAGCAUAAAACUUCAUUUGAGUUACUUUAUAAAUCCAUACCUUCUUAUGCACAUCUAAGGAGUUUUGGUUGUCUUGCUUAUGCCUUAACUUUGGAUAGACAUAGACAUAAAUUUUAUCCUCGUUCUCAAGCAUGCAUCUUUAUUGGUUAUCAUGCUGGUAUGAAAGCUUAUACUUUGCUAAAUAUUCACACUCAACAAUUUUUUCAUUCUCGUGAUGUUAUCUUCAAUGAGUAGAUUUUUCCUUUAAAAAACUCACAAUCUGCUACUAUAAUUGAUAAUAUUUUUUCUCACAAUUUGCUUACGCUUGCAGAUUUUGCCUCUUUAGAUGAAACUACACGACCUCAUGAUACCAAGCUUUCAUCACAAUCAGUUGCUACUUCUUCAAAACAAGCUACAACCGAGACACCAAUACCAGCUCAUACUUCAAAAGGUAUAACAACCGAGACAUGCCGAAGCAAUACCAACUUCUAAAUUGGCCAGACCUCUUCUUCAUCCAAAACAUUUAGAAAAUUAUACUUGUGCCUUUGAUAAUGUCACUGUUGGGGUUUUAUGCCCUAAUUAAGACCCAAUUUCUUUGUAAUCUCAUUUAUUAUCAAUAAAAGAAUAGAAAUUAUUUUU